GACGAAAAACCCCUCACAUCUUUGAACAUAUUCCGAAAUUACCUUUGAUAUCGCCCUCAUCCCCCUCAUUUGUCCGAUGUGUGCUUCUGACGCUCUCUGUGCACUUUUAUCCUCUCACCUCUCUCCGCUGGCCCUUCCCCCUCCUAUCACCGCCAUUCGCCACCGAUCUCCACCGUUGAUUACCCUUCAUCACAACACCCACGGUUUGGACACGUCCAAGCUAUUGAUCCAUUAUUGACCCCGCAAUCUGGUUUCAGCCUUAAAGCACUGAGUGGGAGGGAAAGCUGGAGUCGGAGGAGGCCAAAAUUACGGUCAAAGAAGGCAUUGAGGGUUUGGCACUUUUUUAUGUAGGGCUAGAUUGUAAUUUGAAAUGGAGAAAGCUAUCCAGAUAGAUUUACAUCUGUAGAAGGAAUCUAAGAGGAGGCAGGGAGGGUACUAUCUUUAAUCCUACCUUAGCUUUGUAAGAGAAUCAUUUCUGCAGUUUGAAUGGGGUAAAGUAGAUAUUUUGUAGGUUAUUAGUCGCUUAAAGAUCCAUCCAGGCUACUCACUAUUAAUAUGGUCCAUUAGCUCAACAAAUCUGUACACUUUGGGCAAUGGCUUUUUAUUCGGAGGAGGAAAAGACUGAGGAUUAUCUGUUCAAGAUUGUUUUAAUUGGUGAUUCAGCGGUCGGAAAAUCUAAUUUGCUUGCAAGAUUUGCUAGAGAUGAGUUCUACCCAAAUUCAAAGUCAACUAUAGGAGUAGAGUUCCAAACCCAAAAGAUGGAUAUCAAUGGUAAAGAAAUCAAAGCACAGAUCUGGGAUACAGCUGGUCAAGAGCGGUUCAGGGCUGUUACAUCCGCAUAUUAUAGAGGUGCUGUUGGAGCUCUUUUGGUGUAUGAUAUCAGUAGACGCCAGACAUUUGAUAGCAUUGGCAGAUGGCUUAAUGAACUCCACACUCACUCCGACAUGAAUGUAGUUACAAUACUUAUUGGUAACAAGUCUGAUCUCAAGGAUGCCAGGGAGGUACCUACUUCUGAAGGCAAGGCGUUGGCAGAAGCACAGGGUUUGUUUUUCAUGGAAACAUCUGCUCUCGAUUCAUCCAACGUUGUCGCCGCCUUUCAGAUGGUUGUGAAAGAGAUCUACAACAUACUAAGCCGAAAAGUUAUGAUAUCUCAGGAGCUCAAGAAACAGGACCCUAGCUGGGUGGGGAAUGGGAAGACGGUAGUUUUACAGGGAGAUGGGAACCAAGAAGACGCAGCUGCUGAGCCUAAAAAAGGUGGGUGCUGCUCAUCUUAGGGAAUACACAACACAUGAGGGUCUGGACGGAUCUUUUUGGCGGGUCCCAAGUUGCCUCUUUUAAUUUUCAAUUCAAGUUCCUUGCCUUCCUUCUUCUCCCUGUGAUCUAAUUUCUUGAAUUUGUUUAAAUGUUCAUUCAAGAAACAUGUUUUCACUCAAUCUGGUUGAAGAAAAGAAAAUUGAGGUAGAAGAUGUAAAUGACCCGAAAGGUGGAUUAGAAAGCUUAUACAAUGUUCAAAAUUCAGUAAUUUAUGCACUGCACUUCUCAGCCA